AUGUCUGCAGAACCGGACGAAACUAAAGAACAACUCUCGGUUAAGUAUUACCCUAAUUUACCCAUGUUCCACUACCUCACCAAGAUGCUUCGAUUCCACGGCCUCUUAUUCGAUGAGCAUGUUGUAUUCCGACAGCCAAAAGUGCGAACCGUUCCACUGCUGGUGUUGAGAGCGCGCCGUGUGCACUACAUUAUGAAGAGAACAGCUGAAGGAAAAGUGAAGGACCCUGGCGUCGAUAUGUUUGGUCAAUCAAAAGAAAAAUUAGGGACAUGGGAAGGAAAACAUUCGGAUACUAUCCUCAUCUUCACUCACACGGAUUGCGAACCUCGGGAAAAAGUGGCUGCUUUCGAUAUGGAUGGUACGUUAAUAACGACGAAAUCCGGUAAAGUGUUCCCUGUGGACAAUUCCGACUGGAGGAUAAUGUACGACAAGAUUUCACCGCACUUGAAGAAGCUGUACAAUGAAGAAAACUUCAAGAUUGUCAUUUUUACUAAUCAAAAAGGCAUCCAGAGUGGAAAAGUCGAUAAAAAUGGUUUCAAGCGUAAAGUGGAAACUAUAAUUACCAAGCUCGGAGUCCCAGCUCAGGCAUUUGUAUCAAUUGGAGAAGGCCACUAUCGAAAACCUUGUACCGGAAUGUGGAAGGAAUUGGAAGAAGCAAAUGGUGAAGUUGCCAUAGAUGUCAGCAAAUCCCUCUAUGUGGGAGAUGCAGCGGGCAGACAUAAGACCAAAGCUCGUCCAAAAAAGGAUCACUCCUGCGCAGAUCGUUUUUUCGCUGCCAACGUCGGUCUCAAGUUCCAGACUCCCGAGGAAUUUUUCCUCGACCGGGACGAAUCUGAGCCUUGGGGACCGCCCUCCUUCGAUCCUGUUCAGUUUUUUAGCAUGAACAAACCUUUGCUGGAGCCGGAAGGUGAGUCGAACAAACAACUGAUAAGCCUUUCACGUAACUUUGAAAGCUUAAAAACUUGCUGUCUUCCAGAGAGCUAG